AUCGAGCGAUAAGAAGAAGACUGGAAUUUUUUUGAGGAGGACUCUGCUCCAUCGCCGCCCGCCCUGUAACCCACCGGACUCAGUAAACUAGUCUGUAACACAAUAUCUUCUAUUUCAGAUAAGAUUUAGCUUGGAGAAGAGCAAGUUCCGAAAAUGGAGGGGCGUCGUGUAUAGAUCCACCACCCACAGCCCUGAUGGAAGCAGACAACGGAGGCCCCAAUUCUAGUCAUGCAUCCAAACAACGUCUGCGUUGGACGCAUGAGCUACAUGAACGCUUCGUUGAUGCCGUUGCUCAACUUGGUGGCCCUGAUAGUAAGUUUCCUUUUUUCUUGUAUAGUCUAUGGUAAAUUUAGUAACUCAUGUUUUCCUCAUCAAUAUCUGUGGUAAUAAUAUGCACACCAAUAUAAUCAAAUUGCUCUUCUUGUAUGCUUUACUACUAUCCAUGAGAGGGAAAGCCUAUCGUCUGUUUGCUUAGGGUUCCUAAACAUUUUUCUUCCUUUGAUUUCCAAAGGAGCUACACCCAAAGGCGUUCUUAGAGUGAUGGGUGUACAAGGCUUAACUAUAUAUCAUGUCAAGAGUCACUUACAGAAAUAUCGACUUGCAAAGUAUCUUCCAGAUUCGUCUUCUGAAGGGAAAAAAACUGAUAAGAAAGAAUCUGGAGAUAUGCUCUCUGGGUUGGACGGCUCGUCGGGAAUGCAGAUAACUGAAGCCCUCAAGUUGCAGAUGGAAGUUCAGAAACGAUUACACGAGCAACUAGAAGUGCAAAGACAGCUGCAACUACGGAUAGAAGCACAAGGAAAGUACUUGAAGAAGAUAAUUGAAGAGCAACAACGACUCAGUGGAGUACUCGGCGAACCCUCAGCCCCAGUAACGGGCGAUUCAGAUCCUGCAACCCCUGCCCCAACAUCUGAGUCUCCUCUUCAAGACAAGUCUGGCAAGGACUGUGGACCAGACAAAAGUCUCUCAGUUGACGAGUCUCUCUCAUCUUACCGGGAGCCUUUAACACCAGACUCAGGGUGUAACAUUGGGUCUCCAGAUGAGAGCACAGGAGAGGAGAGAUUAUCAAAGAAGCCUCGAUUGGUGAGAGGUGCAGCUGGUUAUACACCUGAUAUUGUAGUGGGUCACCCAAUACUAGAAUCAGGCUUGAACACUUCUUACCAUCAGUCAGACCAUGUCCUCGCCUUUGACCAGCCAUCUACAUCACUGCUUGGGGCCGAAGAACAGUUGGAUAAGGUUUCAGGAGAUAAUCUUUGAGUUGUUGAGUGUACCACAUGUAGUGUUGUUUAUCCUAAUCCUUAUUAGUUAGGAGUUUCCUCUAAUAAUGUGAUCACAAGUCGUUAAUUCUCUAGGCACUAUCACGAGCAUGAAGAAUGAAUAUGUCUGUGUUGUGCUGUAAUUUGGUAAACACAAAACAAAAUUACUCUUAUUCCCAACACACUACAUUCUUCUAAA